AAUGCCUGAUGACGUCCCGUCCUGUUGCUAUAUCAGCAGGAUUAUGUGCGUGUGUGUUGAGUUUUACUUUCUUGUGUCAGGAUGGAUCGAGCAGCGUUCAGGCUGAUUCUGUGGGGCUGCUUUCUCAUCUCUGUCUAUUCAUCUCCUGUUACAAGGGCACAAAAUGUGGAUGUUUACAGUUUCCACAUGAACUCUACUGUGACCAGCCGCUACGCCACCACAACCAUCACGAGCCGCGUGGCCAACAAACUGAAUGAAUCUCAAGAGAUCCUGUUUGAGGUGAAGAUACCCAAGAAUGCCUUCAUCAGCAAAUUCAGAAUGAUAAUAGAGGGAACGAGUUAUGAUGGAGUUGUGAAGGAGAAAGCAGAAGCUCAGCAGCAGUACACUCAAGCAGUAUCACGAGGACAAAGUGCCGGACUCAUCAAGUCUGUUGGAAGGACUUUAGAAGAGUUUAAAACAUCAGUGACUGUGGCCGCUCUCAGUAAAGUCACGUUUGAGUUGACCUACGAGGAACUGCUGAAGCGUCGCCUUGGCAAAUAUGAGCUGCUCAUCAACGCCCAACCCAUGCAGACAGUCACAGAUUUCAAGAUUGACGUUCACGUUCAUGAGAAAACAGGAAUUUCCUUCUUGGAGGUGAAAGGAGAUCUGAGCACCGAUGAUCUGACCAAUGCCAUCAAAACCACCAGAGCAGACAAAGAUGCAUGGGUGACCUUCUACCCCACUCGAGACCAGCAGACCAAAUGUAAAACUUGUGGUGAAAAUGGACUGAACGGAGAUCUGCUCAUCACAUAUGAUGUCGAGAGACAAAAUCCCAACGGAGAAAUGACGGUGUCAAAUGGGUAUUUUUUCCAUUCUUUUGCACCCUCGGAUGUUUCACGCAUCUCCAAAAACGUUGUGUUUAUUAUUGACCGAAGUGGCUCUAUGCACGGCAAAAAGAUGCAGCAGACUCGCUUGGCACUGCUGAAAAUUUUGAGUGAUCUUGGUGAGAACGACCAUUUUGGAUUGAUCACCUUCGACAGUAGAGUUGAUUUGUGGAAGCGUGAACUUCUCAAAGCCACCCAUGCAAACCUGGAGGAUGCAAAAUCUUUUGUGAAGAAGAUCACAGACAGAGGAGCUACGGACAUAAAUGCUGCAGUGUUAGAAGGAGUGGAUAUGAUCAAACGGCAUCCACGAGAGGGAACUACCUCAAUCCUGAUCCUUCUGACCGAUGGAGAUCCAACAUCAGGUGAAACUAACACUGAGAAGAUCACAGGGAAUGUGAAAGUGUCCAUCGGGUCCAAGUUUCCGCUCUAUUGUCUUGGUUUUGGAUAUGAUGUGAAUUUCGACUUCCUUACAAAAAUGUCGAUGGAAAAUAACGGAGUUGCUCGCAGAAUUUAUGAGGAUUCUGAUGCCGAUCUGCAGCUGCAGGGCUUCUAUGAUGAAGUUGCUGUCCCGCUCCUCACCGAUAUUCAACUAAAUUACAUCGGAGUGUCAAAUCUCACCCAGACCAGUUUCAACUUGUACUUCAACGGCUCUGAAAUUGUGGUGUCGGGUCAAAUCACAGACAACAGUGUGGAGAGCGUCACCACUGAGAUCAUCGCUAUAUCUAAAGGAAGUAAGGUGACGUAUCGUGACACUGUAACGGCAAAAGAUGUAAGUGAUGUCCAACCUGAACAUGACAAUUUCCUGGAAAGACUGUGGGCCUACCUCACAGUAAAGCAACUUCUGGACAGACAAGUUCUUCUUAAAGGUCCAGAAAAAGAGGCUUCAAAGAAAGAAGCUCUCAAUCUGUCCCUCAAAUAUCAGUUUGUCACAUCUCUCACCUCUAUGGUUGUCACCAAACCACAGGAAAAUCAAACUGAAGUUGCAGACAAACCCAAAGAAGGAGCGACACCACACAGACCUCCAGCACAGAGACCUGUUUCACAUGGGUUUGCGUUAUUAGCUAUUCCUGAAUGGAAACCACUUGAUUCUCAAAUGGUUGUUGCUCAAUUUCGUCCUGCAUCACCUGGUCAAAGGCAUCCUGGAUCAUCUGGUCGAAAAAGUUACAGCCACCCGGGAGGGGUUUUGGUUCCUGACCCACGCCUUACUAUGUUUCCUAAACAAAUGGCAAUGGUUGAUCCUCCUUCCGAUGAUACUGAUGGUGUUAGCAUGGACAUUGCUCCUGCAGUUCGGUUCCUGAUACCUGCUGAUGGUCAACCUAAACCACUUUGCUUUGACGUUCCUCUUCCUUUUAAACUCAAACUCCUACAGGAUUUUGCUUCAGAGUUUUCUAUGAAUGGGGAGUCUGUGGCAUCUAACAAUGGAUUCCAUCAAAUCAUCAUUCGUUACAAAACAAACCAUCACCUGACAAUAAAUACAAGCUCUAUCAGUUAUUAUGAUGGCCAGAAUAAUGUUCAGUAUCUGUGGGGUCAAGAACCGACCCAACAUACUCAAGAGGGAAUAAACUUGAUUCUGAAAAGCAAUGAAAUUGAUGUUACCAUGGGGAAUAUUCGUUUUGUUAUUCUACUCCAUAAGAAAAACGGUGACGUGUUUCUCUGGCCUGCAAUUUGGCAACAACCUAAAGGCGUGACUUUGUCAGGUAUUUUAGGCAAAGCCAAUAUAUCCUAUGCAGAGAUUCAGGGGUCCAACAAGUCAACUCUAAAGAUAAUGGACAAGGAUGUUAUGGUGUCUUUGGCCGAUGUGACAGACUACAGAUUCCAAUUUCCUCCAGUUAUCAAAUGUUGGCAUGUGCCUUUCAAGGCUGUGAUGAAAGGAGAGAUUUCUGACUUCACUGUUACUCAGCUGUAGUUUUUAAAAUUGUAUUGCUAUUAUGAUCACAGUUGAAUAAAGGUUAAAAGAAAAGAAUGA